GUGGUAGAUUCUCUCUUAUUAAUUUCUUCAUUAAUUGAGGUAACUUGCCUCGUCAGCAGAGAGAGAGAGAGACAGAGAGAGAGAGAUGGAGUAUCGUUCUUUUGCAAUGAAUGGAGGAGAAGGUCCUCGCAGCUAUGCUCAAAACUCUUCCUUUCAGGUUUGCUCAUUAAACUCAACGUGUUCAUCAUGAGUUUACCAAAAACUGACUGCUGUACAUAUAAACAAGCCUUAAUUUAUUUCCUCUUCACAUUGUUCUUCUUAGUAUAUAUAUAACCUGCUGUAAUGCUGUUAGUUUUACUUUUUCUUUCUGGAUAUUAAUUUGUGCUACUCACCAAUUAAUCCUGGAAUAUUCCACGAGCCGAACACAAGACGAAACUUUGUUAUAUAUAAAAACAAAUAAUCUUGAAAAAGGAUUUAAUAAUUAAUUAAAUGAUGCAAAAAGUAAAAGCGAUGAACCAGCUAGUGAGGCAAACGCCAGGGACCAUGAUUCACUUAUCAGAAUGAUUUACUUUAAUUCAAUUAAUUAUCUUUUCUUUAUUUAUAGUGACAAUUGUUACUAAAGUAUUCUAAUUACUUCUCAAUAUAUUAGGGUAUAUUUAAUUAAGGAUAAAUUUACUUUUUCUUAUCCUAUUCAGACCUUAAAUAAAUCAUGAAGCCAUGAUCUACAAGCCACCACAGAUCCUAAAUUAUCUCUAAUUUAAUUAUUUAUGUUUAUCUCUCAAAGUCUAACUUAACUCUUCAUCUCUUAAUUCAUUGAAUAGCCCACAAGCAAAUUAUAUAGUGAACGUUCCAUAUAAAAAAGUAAUUAAAAUAAGCAAGAUAAAUAUAAAUAUAAAUGAAAAUAUAUUUUUCAUAGAUAAGAAAUUAAGUUUGAUAAGAAAAAUAAAUGAAAGAGUAAAAUCUAUCCUAAUCAAGUUAUAAAACAACUCACAGAGGUUAAAUUAGAAAUCUCAAUUAAAAACAUAAAUAAAAUCUAAAAAAUAAGGUAAGAGAAAAAAUUCUCAGUUUGAAAGAUUUCUUCCAAACUUUAUAAUAUACCUCUUAAUCUUCAGAUAUGAAAUUAAAAUAUUUGAGAGAUUUUUAAAAGAUUUAUUUAUAAUUAAUUCAGCCUCCGGAACCCAGGUAGAUCAUGCCUCUAUUUUAUAUGAUUUGCAAUAUCUGAUUUAAAUAUAUUUAAUUAUCAAAUUGCGUCUCCUAGAGUUUAGGUUUGCGUGCAGUCGGGCACCGUUAUGUUAUGUCCACGCGCGGGUAAAAGUCGAGGCUCCUUGUCCGUUUUGUUUUUCACGCGCAGGUGAAGAAUGAGAGCUUUAGUUGUCCACGCGCUGUUAUGAAUUGCGCAAAGGUUUCUGCGGACAUUCGAAUGCAAGGGGCACGAUUCUUCUCGCUUUGGUUACAUCCGCAAGCAGAGAAGCUCUUUGAGAAGCGCGUUUGAAGCUCAAAAGAGGUUGAUUGAAGAGGCAAUAGCCAAUAACUUUGAUCCCAUGACGAUAACUACUUCUGGGUCUAAGAACCUCAUUACUAUUGCUGACUUAGGCUGCUCAACAGGUCCUAAUACCUUCAUAGCAAUACAUGCCAUAAUAGAAGCAAUAAAAAACCUUUACCACACAAGUAACCUUCCUGCUGCUCAUUAUCAAACCCUAGAAUUCCAAGUCUUCUUCAACGACCAAGUCUCGAGCGACUUCAACACACUCUUUAAGAACCUUCCUCCUAACCCUAAUCGAUCCUACUUUGCUUGUGGGGUUCCUGGCUCUUUCCGGGGACGCUUAUUCCCAAAGCAAUCUCUUCACUUUGUGUAUUCUGCUUCAACACUUCACUGGCUCUCUAGGGUUCCCAAGGACAUUAUGGAUCGAAGUUGCAGUGCUUGGAACAAGGGAAGGAUUCAUCAUACGGAUGCUCCGAAGGAAGUUGGAGAGGCGUAUGAAGCUCAGUUUAAAGAAGAUCUUGAGAGUUUUCUGAAUGCAAGAGCAGAAGAGGUUGUCGGAAAUGGACUUAUGGCACUUCAGAUACCUUCUGCACCAGAUGUUGCUGCUGCUGAUGAUGAUAAGGAAAUACAUCCUGCUAGAGUUUUUGAGCUUCUUGGAUCUUCUCUCAUGGACAUGGCCAGAGUGGGAAUUAUGACAGAAGAAAAAGUUGACUCGUUUAAUUUGCCCACCUUUUACUCACCUGUUAAGGGCAUGAAGGAGAUUCUUGAGAGAAAUGAGCAUUUCAGUGUUGAGAAAAUGGAAGCACUGAAUCUUAAGAACUUCUAUGCAGUCCCAAAUGUGUACACAUUUGUUUCCCUUUACAGAGUUGUGAUGGAAGAUUUGAUUAAGCAGCAUUUUGGGGCUGCCAUUGUUGAUGAGCUCUUUGAUCGCUUCGCUCAGAAAGUUCUUGAAUUCCCAGAUAUCAUGAACCCAAGGAAACUCAAAAUAGUCAUGCUCUUUGUUCUUCUUAAACGCAAGUCGCAAGCAGAGGGCAAAGUCUAAUGAACAUCUUUUGAACUGGAGUUUUCUGUUGAAGUGGCAUUGAUCAAAAGGAGAAAGAAAGGGACUUCCUUAGUUCAAGUUCAAGUAUAGGUUCCUCACAAGGUGUUAAUGAAACCAAAUUACUUUAAAUUAACAAAAUUUGAUUACAAUUGAUUUGAUUGUGGUUUUCAAUUGAGUGGGUUUAUUGAACAAAUUACGUUAUUGAUCAAUAGUGAAAUUUAACUGCACAUAA